AUGACGGCGCACCAGGCGCACCAGGCGCACCCCCCGAGCCGCGGCCAGCCGCACCUGGUGCCGAGGGCGUCCGAGGUGUUCGCGCUGGAGCAGCAGGGCUACUUCAUCGGCAAGAAGAUCGGCGAGGGCUCCUACGCCAGCGUGCACACGGCCAACUACGUGCACCGCAACAAGACCAAGGUGAAGCGCAUCGCCUGCAAGAUCCUGGACAAGGAGCGCGCCUCGCGGGACUUCCUGGAGCACUUCUUCCCGCGCGAGCUGGACGUGCUGACCAAGGUGGAGAGCCCCUACAUCAUCCAGGUGUACAGCAUCUAUGAGCGCGGCCCGCGGGUCUUCAUCUUCAUGAGCCUGGCGGAGAACGGUGACCUGCUGGACUACGUCAAGAACAACGGCGAGGUGCCCGAGUCCCGGGCCAAGGUGUGGUUCCACCAGAUCUGCCGCGGCACCGAGUACCUCCACGCCAAGGACAUCGCGCACCGCGACCUCAAGUGCGAGAACGUGCUGCUGUCGCGGAACUUCAACUGCAAGCUGACGGACUUCGGCUUCGCGCGCUACUGCAACGACCUGGGCCCGUCCGCGCUGUGCGAGACGUUCUGCGGCUCGGCGGCGUACGCGGCGCCCGAGGUGGUGGGCGGCACGCCCUACAACCCCAAGCUGGCCGACGUGUGGUCGCUGGGCGUCAUCCUGUACGCCAUGCUCAACGCCACCAUGCCGUUCAACGACGCCAACCGGCGCAAGCUGCUCAGCGACCAGAUGGCCGGCAACUGGCAGUUCAGCUCGCGGGUCGAGUACUCGGUGUCGGCCAUCGCCAAGACGCUGGUGGCGCGCAUCUUGGAGCCGAGCGUGGCCAACCGCAUCACGCUCAAGGAGAUCCUGGAGCACGACUGGAUGCGGUCCUGCAAGGACCACCACCCGCCGCCGUCCGGCGCCUCGGCCGAGAAGGUGGAGUCGUCGCCGUCGUCCAAGCUCAAGGCCACGCCCACCGAGGACAGCAAGCUGGUAGCGUCGCUGACGGGGACCAUGGCGACGGCGACGCCCGCCGCCACACCGGCACACCGGCUGCAGCGGACAGACGCUGCCAACUCAGCGAGUCCCUCGUCCACCCAAGGACAGAACAGCGUCAGUGCGUCCAAGGCCGUGGCCAAGGCCGUCGGCAAGCCGCAGCAACCCCCCUUGGGACUGGGAAGCGCGUUCGGGGCCAGCACCACAGAUGCCCCAACCACCAACCCCGCCCUGGUCACCAAGUGCCAGAUAAGAAAGGUCGAAGACCAGUCCUAGGCCCUCAACAGUAACUGUUGGGUA